AUGGCCUCUCCUAGUAAUGUUAUUAUUUUCGGCGCAACUGGAAGUGUUGGCUCAGCUGCCGCACGUAAGGCAUAUCAAGAGGGUGUAAAAGUUACUCUCGCCAUCCGCGAUCCUUCAAAGCCCAUUCCGAUACUCGGUGACAUCUCCGCCGAGAAAGUCCAAGCAGACCUCACGAAACCUGAAACCGUUCAGACUGCAGUUCGCCAGAGUGGUGCCAAGACUGCCUUUGUCUAUGCAAUCCAAGGUAUUCCAGACGGCAUGCGGCCUACCUUUGUGGCGCUUCAAGAAGGUGGAAUCGAAUUUGUCGUUCUUCUGAUUCCAUAUGUCCAUGCAAAAGUGGAGAUAGAUCUUGAGAGUGUCUUUGGUAACCGGUGCUGUGCUGUGCGACCGGCUUAUUUCGCGAGCAAUGUUCUACAUUUUAAGGAUGAAAUUGCGCAGGGUGAGGUCAAGCUGCCAAAUCCUGACGCCGAAUUCGACUGGAUCUCGCCAAAAGACAUCGGGCAAGUCAUUGGGAUGGUUCUAGCGUAUGGUACACAGGAGAGCACCAUCCCUUUGGUUGGACCAGAUCGGUUAUCCGUGAAAGAUGCUUUAAGUAUCAUUGGCCGUGUUCUGAGCAAGGAAAUCAAGAUCACCGUUGUUGGAAAGGAACAGGCAGUGAAGGAUAUACAGCAGAGGGGACUUCCAGGGCCGGUUGCCAGGUGGUUUGUUGAAUCUGUUACCGGGCCGAGAAGCUUCAUUUGGGACGAGCCGGAUUUCGAAGUUGGAGUGGACAAUGUGCGGAAGUAUACUCACAAGGCUCCAGAAAGGCUUGAGCAGUGGCUGCAGGAGAAUAAGGAGAAGUUUACUCUAUAG